AGAGACAGAGGAAAGGGAGUGAGUGAAACAGAAAGAGAGAGAGAGAACGAGACUGACUAAAUCCUGUUCAGUGAAAGAGGGGGAGCACAUUCACACCCUUUAGAGGACUCAGUGAGAAUCAGAGUAACACACUGAGAUACCAUCUUCAGUCACGGCAAGGCUGCUGGGUUCUCAGUGAGGAGAUUCAGAGAAACAAAUAAACAUGUCCAGCUCAAUCCUGCGACGACAUUCCAGCAAAAAGGGAUUGGAGAACCUCCAGAGGAUCACUGUUCAGCGCAGCCUGGAGGAUGCGGAAGAAAUUGAAAGAGAACAACGACGACGUGCAAGAACCAGUUCCUCUACUGAGCCGUCUCAACCCACUGUGACCCCACAGGACAGCCCUCGCACUGCACAGCCUCAGGACAACCAGCAUCAGAAUGAUCUGGUUUCAAUCUGCCCAUCCUCUUUGGAAGAGGACGAAGGCUUCAGUGAUUGGACACAUUUGAGCAGACACAAACAGGGACAAAUGGAACAUAAAGAUGUAGAAACGCAUCUCAAUGGCUCCCGUGACUCAAAACGGCAGCUUUGUUCCAGCUCCGCUCAGCAAAGUAAACGGCAUGAUAUCAAUGUGUUUGACAGCACCCCAGUCAUAAAGACACGACCCUCCCUUUCAAAUCAGCACAACCAAGAUGAGGAUGGUGAUGAUGAAGACUGGGGUGCCAGAGAGCAGGAAAGAAGAGAUAACAUUAAUGCAGCAGAGGAGGAGGAGGGAGAGACUGGACGGUGGUGUGCAGAGGAGGAAGAUCCAAGAAGGGUGAAAGCACAUGGGUCAUCUUUCUGGAAAAAACAAAACCAGAGCUGUGACAUGGAUGAGAAGAGAAAAAAUAAGGCAGAGAUGAAGAUUUCCUACACCUCUACUGUACUCCUCCAACAGAAUGGGAGACAAUACAGUACUAAUGGACAAGAGGGGAGGAGAACAAAUGACAGAGAACUAAAGAUACAAAGCAACAUGGACUCUUCGGUCGAUUCAGCAGCUCUCAGCAGUGCAGUGAGUGUGUCUGAGGAAGUGUUUGUAAAGAGCAGUGAGGAGGACCAGGAGCACAGACAGGAGACAGGAGAUCAUGAGGAGACUCAUGAGGAGGUGCAGAAGAGGAUGAGAGAGGAGGAGCGAGAGAGGAAGAGAAGGGAUGUGAUGGAAAAGCUGAAGAGGUUGAGUAUAUCCAGUGCAGAUCCAGAGGAGCCCUUCAGUCCUCUCAGCCCCAGGAGCCCCUCCUACAUGGCUGAGGGUGAGGAGUGCCAAACAGAAGGUACAAGCUCGAUUACUGAGAGGACUGAGUCUCUAAACCGCUCCGUAAAAAAACAGAACAGCAUAAAGAAGACCCAACCUCCCACGAUCAUCUCGAAGUUAGAUGGCAGACUGGAGCAGUACAACCAUGCCAUUGAGGAGUCCUGUAAAGAGGGCCAUGUAGUCAAGGUAAUGGACGUCCCAACACCACCAGAACCUGUAUCUGCUCGGAAGACCCUGUUUGAGGCGGGAGAGGCCUGGAAUCAGAAUUCAACAAAGGCUGUGUCCUCCAAGGAUACAGAGGGAAUGAAAGUGGGUGUGGCAGAUCUAAUUAACCAAUGGGUGAAAGGAAACAGUGAUGUCAGCACCAAGAGCUCCUCCUCCAAAGCAGCUUGUCAGGAUGUUAAGGCUGGUGAGGUGCGUAACAUAAAAUCCAUAUGGGAGAAUCUGGGAGACGCCUCAUCACAGGAUAAACCAAAUGCAAAGGGAGUUGCUGGGAAGAAGUGCAAAUUUGUUGAGAGUGGGCACGGGAAAUAUGAGAAGGUCUUCAUUAAUAACGACACAAACUGAAGAACAAUUGGAUGCCAAUCACAAAGAUGUCUGAAGACAGGAUGCUGAUGAUCAUUUUCCUUCAGUUAUUGCACUGUAAAAAAUUUAAACCCACUAAAAUUGAAAACUUGUUUUAAUUGCUUCCUCAAGCUUUAAGUAAAAUCAAAGUGGUGCCAAGGCCACAGACUAAUGAAGAAAAUCAAGUUGAAACUUUAAAAAACGAAUAUAAUCAAGUACAAGUGACAGAAAUUAAUGUUCAAAGUGAAAUGUUUGGAAACAGAGAUGCUGUUGUAAUGAUGGAAAAAUUAUAGUGGGGUUUUUAGUUAUUGUUUAAAACAUCUCAUUUAUGUGUAAACUUUAAAUCUAAAUGUGUCCAAUCCUGCUCCUGGAGAGCCACUGUCCUAAUUUUGGUCAAAACAAAAGUAUUUUUCCACUUACACAUAUAUUACAUCAGGGUAUUUCAGUUGAGUGACUGUCUAAGUGUUUAGUUCAGAUGGAGGAACAACACCAGUCAGUAUUAAAUACAAAAUGCAGUCCUGAAGAGGGUAUCAGAAAUGAUCUGAGCUGUCAUCUUAGAAAGUGCUAUAUAUUAAUUUACUGAAAUUAUUUUUUUUUUGUCAAAAUGUUGUAUUAUUUUUUAUCUGUUAAAAUUCUCUUUUUAAUAAGCAUUUCAUGGUAAAUGUUUUAGCCUCUCCAUCCUACUCUCGUUUUUUUGUCAUUUUUCUUCCCUCAUGAAUUGUUUAUCCAUAUAAGUGAAUACUAUUCUAUUAAGUAUCAUUACACAGUCAACAUAUGUAAACCAAUCAACUAAGUGACUGAGCAGUGGAAGGUGUAUUUGUCACAAAAAGUCCAAACUUAUACAUUUUGUAUAAAUGUUUUGUCUCUCUGUCCAUACUAUUGCAAAUCUGUCCUCUUCAGUUCCAUACUUUUAUAUGAAUUUAUAAAUUCUGCAACAAGAAGUCAUUUUGUAGAGAGGUAAGUUUAUUACCUCUGUUAAUUUAGGUUGAUGAGCAUGCAUGACACUUGCAUAAUAUGACAGAAUUGACUAUACAGAAUUUCACCAAAUUAAUAUUCUUGCAAGUAAAACAGUCUGUGACUCAC